UAACCCUCCUCGUGGAAAGCGGACGUGUUUUUAGUGUGUUUUGUUGUUAUACUGUUAUUUAUUCAUCCUAAAAAUGUCUAGGGGCUUACGGUGUCUGAAUUUGCGUAUUAAAAGUAAAGAAGCUGUUGAAACCCUGAAAUUGCGACUGACAAACGAAGAGUUUUCCGAAGGAACAACAAUGUUUCAAAAGACGUUGGCGGUACUCCCACAAACAAAGGCAGACGAAUCUAAAGAUGCUCCAGACCCCAUGACUAUUCUUGACAAUGUUAAUGACAAUGCUUUUUUUGAGCAAAAUCCAGAAUUAUCCUUUCAACCCAAGCCUGAUCGAGAAAUUAUUGUUAAUAAAUUAGCGGGACCUGAAGCUAUGGUACAUUCACAAACAAACGGAGACGAACCUAAAAAUGAUCCAGAAACAAUUAUGACCUACACUAUUCUCGAAAAUGUUAUUGACAGUGUUAUUUCUAAGCAAAAUCCAGAGUUAUCUCUGCAACCCAAAGGUGAUCAAGAAGUUAUUAUCAAUGAACCAUUAGCAGGAGGAGCCGCUGAAACUACCGACCUUGAUAAAGACAACAUCCCUAUUAUUAUACAACCAAAUGGAACAGUUGUUUCUAAUGAGGAAAAUAUAUAG